AUGGGAUUCUUCUCCAAAGACGAAUCAACGCCAAGUUUGCCUCCUAACAAAACAAAAAGAAAGGAAUGCUGGGACGCCAGAGAUAAGUUCUUUGAAUGCCUUACGCUGAACAAUAUAGACAAUUCAUUGGAUCCCAAGGAAAUGUCUAAUGUAGAAUCGAAUUGUGGACAGUUCAGAACGGACUUUAAAAACAAAUGUGUAGCAAGUUGGUUCCAAUACUUCCAAGAAAAGAGAUACAAUGACUUAACAAGACAAAGGUAUAUUGCAAAGCUUGAAGCUGAAGGUGCUCAACCCUUGCCGUUCAAAAUAAGCAAACAGUAA